GCCGGAUGGCGGCCGCGUUGGCUGUCGGAGCGGCCAUGCUGAGCGCCACGUGCCGCGGGCUCGCCCCGGCGCUGCGGGGUCCGCGGGCACCGUCCGCCGUCGCCGGGCGGUGUCUGCUGGCGCCUGGGGUCAGGUCCCUGGCUGACCAGGGCGGCAGGGCGGAGGAGCCCCGCACCUUCCACCCGGCGCUGCUGCGAGUCCUGGUGUGUCCGCUCUCCAAGAAGCCGCUCAGAUAUGACGAAUCGACAAAUGAAUUGAUUAAUGAAGAGUUGGGAAUAGCAUACCCAAUCAUCGAUGGGAUCCCUAAUAUGAUACCACAGGCAGCAAGGACAAUACAUCAAAAUAAGAAGCAAGAAGAGGUUGAGCAGCCUUAGACCAUGAUUGUUAAAUGUGUAACUACUGACUUCUCGUGAUACUGUGUACCUUUAAAACAGGGAAGAACAGUGACUCUCUUCUGGCUGCUGACUCUCAUUAGCAGGACUGGCUGACCUGCUUUCAGGAGGAGAAUUUCCCCCAAGGGCUGCACCAGCACAGCCAGGCUUUGCUUUUACAGUCUGCUCUUACGGCCAGGCCAGUGUAUGUGUGUGUGCGUUCUUCCAGCUUCCGACCUGGAUGGGUCUGUUAGUGUAACCAGGGGCUGGCUGACAUAAGAGGUCUGAGGCAACAUCUGUGAAAACUGCAUACAAUCCCAUUUGGUUAACAAAAACACUUUGUCUUGUUCUCGGGCUUAGGACUGUGGGGCGGGCUGUGGGAGCUUUUCAUCCAUGUCUGUCCUCAUGGUUUGAAGCUUUGCACUCAGAAGCCUUCAGAGAAAUAUCUCAGUGCAGAUGAACAGCUUCAGUCAUCAGCUGAGGCCUGUCUUUCAUCCCAUGCAUUUAAAAGUUAGUCAUUUGAAAUGUCCUUUGGUUUCAAGAUCAGUCGUAAGCUUCAGAACUUAGAGACUUCUGAGUGUGUAAAAUUACUUCCAUUACUUUGGCAUCACAUGCUUUCACCAAUAAUAAAAUAAGAUGCUGACAGUUUACUACAAAA